AUGUCCAACAGUCUCGAAGCCAAAAUCGUGGUCCUAGGCUCGCAGGGCGUAGGCAAAACGUCUCUCGUGCACAGAUAUGUGAAGAAUGCAUUCACGCCACCUAACACCACCUCUACCAUUGGUGCCUCCUUUCUGACAAAAAGAGUGGUGGACAUCGAUACAUCGACUGUGGUACGGCUGCAGAUCUGGGAUACAGCAGGACAGGAGCGGUUUAGAUCCAUAUCUAAACUCUACUACAGAGGCGCAAAUGCAGGCGUCCUCUGUUACGACAUCACGGACCCUCACUCGUUUGAGGAAAUGGGCCGGUGGCUGCGCGAGCUCAAGCAGAAUCUUGGCGACGAUAUAAUUAUUCAUGUCGUGGGCACAAAGUCUGAUAUUGUAGCCGAAGACCCCUCUCAACGCAAAGUCCCGUUUGAUCGGUGCAUCGCCUAUGUCUCGGAGAACCUAUACCCCUCUCAGACUACAACACCAGCUUUGACAUGGGGUUCCGGAUUCGGAAGUGGCAAUAGUCAGAAUGGAAGCAUGACAUCGCCGCAAAGCAAUCGAUCGAGUGGUUUUUGGGGCCAAGACAUUGGCUGGGACUGCUGCCACGAGAUCAGUGCAAAGGACGGAGAGGGCGUGGAGGAGGUCUUCCGGGUCAUAACGCGGAAGCUGGUCGAACAGCGGAACAAGAAAGUCGAAGAAGAGCAACAAUUGAUGAUGCAGGCCGGAGCAACACCCCAUCAGCUCGCGGGGUCAGGUGCCAACAGCUACUUCGACUACCCUGGAGCAGACGGGAAUGGUAGCUUCAGGGUUGGCAUGAGCGACAAAAGACGGAGCUGGCUUGGCUUUCCGACGAUGCCUGCUGUUGGUGGCGAGAAUGAGGAGCUAUCCGCAGAGGUCGAAAGAAUGGGAAAGGGGAAGGGAGGAAAGUGUUGUUGA